AUGUCGAUUUUUGGGCGAUUUGGUGUAUACAAGAUUUUAAAACCAUCUAGGAACAAUGCAGUCGGAGAUGGCUCCAGACACGAUGGCUCCGGUUGAGCUACUUCGAGAAAGCAAAUCGUCCAUCGAAGAAAUCAUCGCGAGGAUGCUCUCCAUCAAGAAACAGGGAGACCCCAAAUCCGAGAAUAGAGAACUCCUCACUCAGAUGUUUCUCAACUUCAUCAACCUCCGUCAGGCGAAUCGUGCGAUUCUGGCGGAAGAAGAGAGAGUGAAGACAGAGACGGAGUUAUCAAAAUCCCCAAUCGAUCUCACUUCAUUGCAGCUUCACAACCUCAUGUACGAGAAGAGCCAUUACUUGAAAGCUACCACAUCUUCCAGAGAGUUCAAAUCCAAGUAUCCCAACAUCGAUCUCAUAUCAGAACAAGACUUCUUCAACCAAGCUCCUGAGGCAAUCAAAUCUCAGACUCUCUCAAACGAUACUUCCCAUGAUCUGAUGCUUAAAAGACUCAACUUUGAGCUCCAUCAGAGGAAAGAACUGUGCAAGCUUCGAGCUGAGUUGGAACAACGAAAGAAGUGUUUGCUGGAAGCUAACGCAGAGCGUAACAAGUUUCUGUCGAGUCUCCCAUUGCAUCUUAAGUCUCUCAAGAAAGCAUCUUUGCCAGUACAGAACCAGUUGAGUUUGCCGGAUCCCAAGAAGCUCAAGUAUCAUGCUCUAGCUGAGCUUCUUCCUCCCCCGCUUUACGUUAUAUAUUCAAAGUUUAUGGCUCAGAAGGAAGCUUUUGAAGAGAACAUAGAUAUCGAGGUGUCCGGGAGUCUUAAGGAUGCUCAGAGUUAUGCUAGGAUUCAAGCAGAACAGAACCCAGAGAGCAGCUCUGAUGAUGAAGGAAAAACGCAAAGGAAGCGACCCAAGAAAGAAAGUUCUGAUGAAGCAGGAGGACUAUUUCGGGUCCAUCCUCUUACACUUAUCCUUCACAUUUAUGAUGAUGAGACUCCAGAUCCCAAGUCACAUCAGCUUCUCCUGCUUAAGUUUGAGUACUUGUUGAAGUUGAAUGCUGUGUGUGUUGGCAUUGACGAGUCUCUUGAUGGACCAGAGAUAAAUAUCCUGUGCAAUUUGUUUCCAGACGAUGCUGGACUUGAGCCUCCUCAUCAGUCAACCAAGCUCAUUCUUGGUGAUGAUCAUGCAUUUGAUGAGAGAAGAACAUCGAGGCCAUAUAAGUGGGCACAACAUUUGGCGGGGAUCGAGGUUUUACCUGAAAUGUCUCCGUUUGUAACUGGCAAGGAUACUCAAAACAGUGAUACAGCUUCUGUAUCUGAUCACUACAAUGUGCAGACUGUUCUGAGAAGAAUACGGUCCCUGAAAAAAAGCUAAGCUAACUCUUAUGUGAGUCAUUUGAUUCUGUUUGUUUUAUUAAAAGUUAUUUGAUUAUCUGUAUUUGAAAACUUUCAUGGUAUUUGUAGCUCUUCACACAUUGUUAGACUGUAAUGCCACAACUAGAAAAACGAAUGUAGCAUGUUUGGUCAAGUGAUCAAAAGAUUCCAACAACUUAAGAGGCGAUAACUAGUAAUCCCUAUCUCCUAAACUCUAGUCAAAGAAGUGGAUCCAAACCUCUCUACUCUCUGGUACAACUAGAGCACAGUAGAAUCACUUUUUGAGACCACUAACAUUAAGGAAUUUUCCAA